CACUGAGUCGCAAGUGCACAUUUAAAGGGGAAUAACAACAACGCUCUCUUUGUAUACAUCAGAGUUUGCCGGGGCGUUUAUAGCGUCUGAUCAAUGUCCAUCCAUCUUCUCCAUGUACGACUGCGUUAUUUGGACGGUUUUGGGAUGAGUUAGGAGUUAUUGUCAAAUUAGAGCCGCUAAUCCAAAUAUUUUGGGUAUAUUUCUUUCUCGGUCGUCUCUGUUUAUCUGGAACCCACCGCCAUCUUGAAUUUUAAUGUAAUAUUUUCAGACGCUUUAUUUAUUUUUUCUCUCAAUAUGACAGUUUUUGGUGAUGUUUUUGAUCGCAUUGGACUUUGGUGAAGGGCAAGCAUUUACGUGGAAGAAAAGCGAGUAUUUAUGGUGUUUGGACACGGUGCGCGAGAUCACUCCCUGUAUCAGGCUUUUCCGGGUGUCGGUUAGCAGUCUCGCAGUUAGCUGCACAUUUAUUCCCAGUGUGAGUCUCCUUGAUCACCCGGUAACGUCCACCUCUGGGUGAAGUAACUGAAUGAAGUGUGGUUUGAUUCGGAGUACCCGGAGUUUGGCAGAUAAGACGGCAGAUCAGUUGUUUCUGUUGUCUUCUCGUUGAAUGGUUUCUCACAAGCAGACAGAAGCUCAAUGCACCUUCUCCAAGCAGCCAGCUGGUAUGAAGUAGAUGGGAGAAUCCAAGAACAUGUUGCUGAAUGGCAGGAGACAUGGAAGCAAGUUCUCCAGUAAUCAGCCCGUAAGCAAAUCUAGGCAGCAAAACGUACAGAGAGCCCAUCUGCGUCAGCGCAAGGGCUCCCCAAGUGGCAGGAGAUGCAGCCGACGUUGUGGUGGGGCGCCCCCAGAGGCAGAACGGCGCCAUGUUCCCUCAUCGGGAAUGACUGCCAAGGAGCUGUGUGAAUAUGAUGAUCUGAGUACCAGCUUGAUCCUGGACCCUUAUCUUGGCUUUCAGACCCACAAGAUGAACACCAGGUUUCGACUAAUCAAAGGUCGUCAAGCUGAGCUGAGGGAGGUGAUUGAGCAUUUUAAAAAGCAUGACAACAUGGAUAAAGCUUUCCAAGCUCUGACAUCUGGUGAAUGGACGAGACAUCACUUUUUAAACAAAACCAAGUCCCAGGAGAUGCUCUUCAAAGCGCAUGUGUUUGUUUACCUACGCAUGUUUGCUUCAGAAAGUGGGUUUGAGAUCCUUCCGUGCAAUCGCUACUCCUCGGAGCAAAAUGGAGCAAAAAUUGUAGCAACAAAAGAUUGGAAGAGAAAUGAUAAAAUAGAACAUCUUGUGGGGUGCAUUGCUGAGUUGUCUCUCAGUGAAGAGAGGAUGUUGCUUCGACAUGGAGAGAAUGAUUUCAGUGUCAUGUACUCUACACGCAAAAACUGUGCUCAACUUUGGCUGGGACCAGCAGCUUUUAUAAACCAUGAUUGCAGGCCAAAUUGCAAGUUUGUGUCAACAGGUCGAGAUACCGCCUGUGUGAAGGUUCUACGGGACAUUGAACCGGGGGAGGAGAUCUCCUGUUACUAUGGAGAUGGAUUCUUCGGGGAAAACAAUGAAUUCUGUGAAUGCUAUACUUGUGAAAGGCGGGGCACUGGUGCGUUUAAGUCGAAAGCGGGGUUGCCUGUGGAGACACCAGUGAUCAAUAGCAAGUAUGGCCUUAGAGAGACAGACAAGCGUCUCAACAGACUGAAGAAGUUGGGGGAAAGUUGCAGGCAUUCGGACAGCCAGUCUGUCAGCUCCAAUGCAGAGGCAGACUCUCCGGAACCAAUCACUGUACAAACAUCAUUAAGGAAGAGGACGUCACUGUCCUGUAUCACAAAGCAUGGAGAAGCCAAGGCUGCAACAAGGCAAACUCUCUCAAGCACUCCUUCUACCUCAUCCUCUACACAAAGUCAAGCAAAUAUCUCAAGUUUACCAAAGAUACUUAAGUCAAAGCCCACACAUCCUUUGCCUAAAGGAAGAAGACGGUGUCGAAGCAUAUGGACGAAAGCCCCUAGCAGAGUGAGUGAUAAUGGGAAUCUCAAAGAGCCUCCCAGAAGAGACACGCCCAGGCGAGGUUCUGAUCAGGGCUCUGGAGGCAAAGGCAGUGUGGUGCGCCCAUCAGAAAACAAUCAAAAGGGUGCUUCCCCAUGCAAGGAUAGCAUACUUUGUGUGUACAGAACUCGUAGGUCCACAAGGACCUCUCUUGGUUCUCAGGGGACUGAUAUUAGUACACAAACAUCAAGUCAGCCAUUUAUCUUAGCCACAGGUCACAGUGGUGAGGUCUUCAAGACUGAGCUUGGGGACCUUAUCCCUGUGACACCUGGGCACCAGAUGAACACCCCUAGUUUGGAGACAAGCUGUCCUAAGAAAGGAAUGUGUCCCAGACGAAGGAGGACAGUAAAACGUGAAGACUCUGGUUCCUAUGGAGAGUCCUUUCACCAGGAGGGUGUACCUGACCGGCAGCAUGCAGUACGGGCUGCAGAUGUAGCCGACUGCGAGCCGGUGGUGCUUGGCCUCCCAGGCAAUCACCAGCAUUACAAUGGCUCAACUAAAAGCAGAAAGGCCCUCCGCCGAAGCAAGAGCAAGAAAAAGCGUCAGAUCACACGCUAUGAUGCUCAGCUGAUUUUGCAGAAUAACUCUGGCAUCCCCAAGAUAACACUACGCAGGCGUCGAGACAGCAGCAGCAGUAAAAAUGAGCUCAGAGAAUCCAACUCUUCAAGCUCCUCCAAAAUCAGCAUUAAGUUUAGUAAAGAUCGUGAGAAGGACAGGAGCAGCCAAUAUGUGGCCAAACUGAACAACGGCUUCAACCACGGCUCCCACAGCAGCUCCACCAAGCUAAAGAUACAGCUGAAACGAGAGGAGGACAACACAGGCUUGCAUCAGGCUUACCCAGAGGAUGUCACUUUAGGGCUAGUGAAGAGAGAAGUAGGGGAUGUUCUGGAUCAUAAGGCGAGCACUCAGGUAGGCCAGAACAUGCACGUGGAGUCAUUGUCCUCUGAGGAAGAAGAGGAGGACUACUUUGAUAACGAGGAUGAUUUCAUCCCGCUCCCACCAGCAAAACGCCUACGUCUUAUUGUGGGCAAAGAUUCCAUAGACAUUGACAUUUCCUCUAGAAGAAGAGAAGACCAGUCUCUAAGACUCAAUGCAUAAGCUGUGUAAAUAUCCAUUGUUUCAAUCAUGUUAAUUUGACAAAUUUAAUUUAAUUAGAAAAUGCAAAUGUACAAUUAAAUCAUGGCAAAAUAUCUUUCUUUACAUUUAAGUGAUGGCACUACUUUGUUUCCUCACUAUGAAUAUAAAUAUUGUAGAAAGUGUACAGGUUAUGUAUGAAUUCUAUCCAAGUCUGAUAAUGUGCAGAUGUUUGUUAGCAUUAUGUCCAGCUUAACUGUUUGUAGAGCAGAGUAAGGUGGGGCCGGGCGUGUGUUGUUCCAGCCCGGACCCCCCCUCCUCCGCUGUACACUGUUUUAUUCCAUAAAUCUCUGAGCUUUGUUUUGCGGUAGGAUGAUUGCAAGGUGUUUUUCCAAAUGGGAGACAUAUGCUUGGUUUCACCUCAAAAGGCUGACUCCACAUAUGGAAACAACAGUGUUCCCAUGCAUUCAAGAUGUAUGUCUCCUCUGCUUGAUCAGGCUAAAGGGAAUAUUUGAGCAAAAAUGCAGAGGAGCUUUGACAAAAUACUUACAUUUAUAUAUGUCUCACCACUUGAAGUUUUUUUUUUUUUGUAUUAAAAUUCUUUUUAAUCAUGUGUCAGAUAUUUUGGCCAUGGAAGGCCAUGGUGCUCAUUGUGGUGGCCUGGUGCUGGUCCAUUAAGAUAUUGGACAAUUAAUUAUUAUUCUGUGAACGUCAGAUCUUUUUGUGUGACUUUGGAAGUCCAUAGAGAAGCGUGUCUAAGGGUAAAAUUCCUCAAUAAAUGGGUUGUACUAAGAUAUCAUUAAUCAGUAAUCUGUUUUCUUAAUCAUGGUCACUGUGCAAUUCAGUACAUCUAAUUGACUUUGGUUUUGUGUGCAUUUUGUGCUCUGCCUAAAUUAUUUUUAUUUUUUUUAACUAGACAAAAUCUGAGGUAUUCAAAGCAGUUGUGUGUUUCCAUUGUUCACCCUAUAAGUAGGCAGCUGCCAUAUAAGGCUAUUUUAUUUUAACUUUUCUCUGUCUUUUCUGUUAUUAUAUAGUUUACAUUCUGUAGUGUCAAAGAUCUGCCAUCUGUGGGCUGAAAGAAUUUAGCAGCUUUUUAUCCUAUGAUCACAGAACUCCAAUGGUCUCAAGUUCACAAACUGACUCUAAAGAAUCAUGACAGUAACAAUGUAGGAUGUAUACAUAAUCUGGGGGCAUACUAUUCACUCUGUAUAUUCUGGAACUUGUUUUUAUUUAACUGUUUUAAGUACUUGAAAACAAUAUAAAACACAUUUUCAAGAUAUUUUCUUGUCAUUU